UACACUCAGUAUUUAUUGAAGGCAGUUGUAUUUUGCAAUCAAUCUGUUCGAAUUGUAAUAAGCUUUAAAAAACUAGCUGAUAUAUACACUUUAUUACAUUCGACCAAUACUUGGUCAUUUAAUAAUGUUAGAGUUUAUUAGAAAAAAUUUAAACGACAUUAUUUAUUUAUCCUUACUUCUCUUCGGUGUUUUUAUAGGGCCAUAUUAUAGAAAGUUAGAUACAAUUGAAUCAAAGAAAUGGGCGGGUUCUCUCUUGGGGAUUUUGUUAAUAAUAACAGUAUCUGGGAACAGUGCUUCACAUCCGAUUAUGUCCGGCUUAAUGGGAAUAUGUAUAAUAAAAACAGAUACUAUAAAACGUUGCCAUGUUACAACAUUUUUCUUCAUGUUUGGCUAUCUAUUUGUAUUCCGCCUUGGAUAUCUGGUUGGUUUGCCCACCUCUUCAGGCCCAACAAACCUAAUUGAAAUGAUUAUAGUGCUAAGAGUUGUUGGAGUAGCUUUUGAAAUGAAUGGAUCCUGGUUGGCUGUUGCUGAGGUUAACAAGAAGAAAUUGGACUCAACUCAAUCAGAAACUAAGUCACCAACAGAAAGAGAUGCUGAUUUCCUUGAGCUAAUUAAUCCGGAAUUCAUUGAUUUAUUUCAUUAUACCUUCAACUAUAUUGGCUUAAUGACAGGUCCGUAUUACAGAUAUCGUACAUUUGAUGAUUACUUCCAUUUGCCAUACAGCAAGUUUGUCGAUUGUAAUGGCUUUACGAUCAAUACACUUAGGAUGGUACCACUCUAUAUUUCUCUGUACUUGGCAUUUUCAAACAUAUGGCCUCUUGAGUACAUCUUGACAGAGGAGCAUAAUAAUAGACACUUUUUAUAUAUAAUGUUAUAUCCAUGGGUGUUAUUUGCCACAUUUAGACAACGCAUCUACACUGGUAUGACUCUUGCGGAGAGUGUGUGUACGUCGGCAGGUUUCGGCGCUUACCCGGUACAGGGUAAAAACAGAAGUGGCCAUGGACCUACAGUUGGUUACUUGAAGCUAAAAAAAAUGUCGGACCAAGAAGCUGAGAUGGCGGAGUAUGAUUUUAAAACCGUUGAAUCUAUGGACGUGUGGGGUUGUGAGACAGCGGUCACUCUACGGGACUCGAUGAAAGUGUGGAACAAGGCUGUUCAAUAUUGGGUUGCUAUGGUCGUAUAUAAGAGAUUCCCUGUGAAAAUUUUAAAGAUCCACGCAGCUCUGUUCGUAUCAGUGAUAUGGCAUGGAUUCCAUGCUGGGUAUUUCUUCUGCAUAUAUUUCUGUCUAUUCUACUUGAUGGCUGAGGAUAUAUAUUACAAGCUUUAUUAUAAGGAUGCUACUGGAAUGAAAAAGAAGAUAAUUGGCUUCAUAAUGUGGUUCCUGCGAUCACAUUCCGAAUCUUACCAAGCUUCUGCAUUCCUUCUAUUGACAUUCGACCGUAUUUGGAUCUACUACUGUUCCGUGUAUCACUACUUGUAUGGCGUGUGGUUAGCUUUCUUAAUAUUGGGAUUGAUUCUGAUCAAAGUCCGUUCAAUGUUGCAGCCGAAAACAGAAACCGUUAAGGAGUGAAGGGAAAAAUACGUUAAAUUUAUUGAUUUAAAUAUUAUUUGAAAAUAGAAUUAGAUUCUAUUUUAAGAGGAUAAGGACUGAUAUCGUAAAGACCAAAGUUUUUUUGUUUACGGGGCUUUAAUUUUCAGCAUAAACCGAAUUUAGGUUUUAUGUACGGGUAUAGUUAAAGGCUUGAUAUACGUUGAGAAAUGCAUUUACUAUGUGUUACCACGUCAAGCCUAAAUAGAUAUUAUUAGAUACGUAGUGUUCUGAUUGGUGUGUAGGGAUAUAGGCUAUGACGUCACAAAUGACAAAUCUAAUAUGGCUGCUAGAAGCUGUCAUAUUAUAGUAUUAACCAAUUUGUAGUCGGGUUUUUAAUUAGAAUUAUUUAUGGAUAGCAUAGUACGUAAAAUAUUGUCGAUACUAUUUAUAUAAUUAAUCACUAUAAUUAUUAGUCAAUCAAUUUUAUUCGGUCAAUAUUACUCAAUUAUACAUAUUAUAAUGAAUAAAUCUAGUUAAAUUAUUUUAUUUUUUGACUGGCAAGUAUCUUUUGCAUUUAUUAAUAAUUCCAAAUUUAAUAAUUCGUGAUGACUAUCGCUAUAUUUUUGGAUUAUUUGAGAUUUUUCAAUAUUGUAAUUAAUUUUAUACUGUGAUUUUUCUAAUUAAAUGUCUAUUUAUUUAAAUUUGUAUAAUCUAUUAUACCCUAAUGUCUAUGAAUUAUUAUAAAAUUGUAAUAG